AAGUGAAGGGAAAUAACUCUUAAACCCGGAAGAGUUAACUAAAUAUUAACAGGUCCAGGAAACUGUCCUGUAAAGUACUGCUACGAUGAGAACUGUUAAAAUAUUGCUGAUAUUCCUGGUUUAUACGGAAAUACAAAUAUGAGAACUUUAAAAUAUUACUGUGUUAUAUCUUGAAGCAGUCUUGCUGCAUAAGAAACUGCCAAUAUAAGAACUUUUAAAAUGUUGCUGUGUCCUGUUAUUGCCGUAUUCUAUCCUGAAUCAGUCUUGUGAGGAACUGUCACGAUGAGUACCUUUGAGGGUCGGAUGUUAGAAUAUUCUUUCAUAUCUCUUGACCGAUUUGAUGGAGAGAACUUGUCAUCUACAGUGUUCUUUCUAUCUCAUACACACUUCGAUCACACCCAGGGACUUAAUGAGCCAAAGUUUUUGGAAGUUCUUGAGAAAAGGCAAUCUACUCAUUUAUACUGUUCUAAAAUGGUACAAACCAUUCUUCUCAAAAUGCCUAGUUUUAAAAAACUGGAACCUCAUAUAAAAGUACUAGAAGUCAACAGUCCAACUGUAAUUGAAGUCCCCAAUGAUGAACAUUCUUCUCAAAGUACCUGUUCUACGAUCACAGUAACCUUGUUACAAGCUGGCCACUGCCUUGGUUCAGUCAUGUUCUUAAUUGAAGGUUCCGAAGGUACCGUUCUAUACACUGGGGACUUCCGAUGGGAAGAGAAUGAAUUUUUCCGAAUGUCAUGGCUGAAGUCUGGAGACAACAUGAAAUUAAUUAAAAGCUUGUAUGUAGACACAACCUUCUGCGUUCCUGAGGCCUUUCAUAUUCCAACUCGAACACAGUCAUAUGAAGCUGUCCUUUCUGAAGUUACAAAGCAUUUUAAGAAAAAUGACGCUAAUUACGUAUGCAUCUUUUCUAAAACCAGCUUUGGUUAUGAACACCUGCUAGAGAAACUGGCUAAAGCUUUCAGAAUGAAAGUUCAUGUCAAUGAUUAUAAGAAAUCUGUUUAUGACACAAUUCCUAAACUUAAGGAUUCAUUCACUACAUCUGCACAAGGUACUAGAAUCCACUUUCACAACACUGAGUUUUGCCCACAGCUAAGACCUAAAAAAUCAGAAUUACUUAUUAUUAAAGUAUCUGUUAUGUGGUUUGUGGAAGAAUCCAGAAAAAAGGGCUGUGCGGAUGCACUUCAGUGGGUUGACCCAAAUAAAUGCCGUGUAUGUUAUUCCUGUCAUCCAUCAUUUGAAGAAGUUCAAGCUCUAGUUAGAUAUUUGAAACCUGAAAAUGUCCUUCCAAAUGUCUGUCCUCAACAUUAUACUUUAGAGCAGACUCAAAUACAACUCAAUAAGAUUCUGGAUAAGCCCAAACCAAAGAAACAGCAGCAACAUUGUUCAUCUAAUGACAAGCAACUUGGAAUGAUGAAACUUAAGAAAGUUCCAGAAAUCUCUUAUCCUCCCCGAGCAAGUGUUUCCUUUACUGACUCUGAGAGUUCAUAUAGUCAAGAGUCACAGAUCUCGAUUUCACAGGGUACCAGCAGUAACGAAAACAAAAAUAAAUCUGAAGGUAUGUCAGCAACAAGUUGUGAUGUUCAGGGAGUCGAGAGUGACAGUGUGAUGUUACAAAGUCAUGGCACCCCAAAAAACAUAUCUGAAGAAAGUACAUCGCAUUAUACCAAACUGAGAGAUAUAUCUAAAGAUAAGAUAUCACAACAUGGCAAUACUUACAGAGAAAUGUCUAGUGAUAUGACAUCACAAAGCAGUAACAGCAAACAGGUUAUGUCCAACAACAAACUAUCACAGCAGUAUAACUUACAUGAAGAAACCUUACAAAGUGUAACAUCACAUCAUUGUAAUAGCCAGAGUCACUCAUCAGAAAAUAUGUCAGAAAAUUCCAUUCCAUGUGAAUUUAUGUUGCCCACUAUGGCAGCAAAACAGAUAAGAGAUAAUAUAUCCCCAAAACAUGUAAUUGAAUUAACUCUUAUGUCACCAAAACCUAUAUCCAGUAACCAGGGUAACAUGUCACCAAAAUAUACAGACAGUAAUAAAGAUAUAUUAACUAUGAAAUCACCAAGAGAUAAAGAAGACAAGGAAGAAUUAAUGUCUGAUGUUCCAUUAGAACACUCAGAAGUAAAAUACAAAACCCCAGAAGGAAAUGGAAAUUAUGUAAAUUGCCAUCAAAUAUCUCCAAACAAUAUUUGUACUAAAAACUACACAGAACAAAAUGAAGUGAAAGAAAUUACAAGUCAAAACCAAAGUAAAGUUCUUGAUCAGAAAGAGGUCCCAGACAACCAAAGAGAUACAAAGAUUUAUAAAGAUCAACUAGUAAACCUCAGUCAAAUUUUUGGGCCAUUAAAUUAUUUUGGUGGUAAUAGCAGUCAGACAGAUCCAGUUUCUAUACAGCAUGUCAUGGAAAAGUCAUUUGAUUCUAAAGAUUCCAAUAAAAAUAUACCAGACACAAAGUUUAAUGUUGAUGAUAAAUCCUCUGAUUGCAUUAGUGAUGGUAAAAGCAAAGCUAUCGCAUUACAAGAUGGACCUCUUUCAAAUAACAGUCACAGUUCUAGUUUUGAUUAUUCCGUUUGCAAGAUUACUGAGAAGAGUAAAAGAAUAUCUGAGACCUCUCCAAAUAUGAAUAAGUCUGAAAUUCAGAGUUCAGCAUCAAGUGGUGUUACCAAAAGUUUUUCUCUUGCCAUGAAUAAAGAAGUGACUUCUAUGCUCAGUGCUGAUGAAGAUAAUAAUAAUACAACAAACGAAAGUUUGAAGAGUGAAACAAGUUGCUCUAUCCCAGAAGCUAGUGCAGGAAGCAAUAAUACUGGGAACAUCUGUUGCAUGUCUAAAGAAAUUCCAUCUGAUAAAACUAUUUCUCCGUCAAUUCCUGCUUCUCAACUGGGUAAACGAAAACAUGAAACAAUAGCUUCUUGUGAAGAUAAUCACAAGAAUGUUUGUGAUAUUCAGUCGGUAAAUAAUGUGGAGUCUUUUAUUUCUCAUUCUGCUGUUUUAGAAAAUUGCACUGUUGAAGAAAAGCCGGUUAAUCAUAAUUCCCUUAAAAGUAAGCACAGGAUAAAUCUAGAUUCUACAACUUCAGCACAAUCAACAUCUGUAGAUAGAUCUCAGAACAAUUCAAAUAGGGAAAUAUUGUGCAAAAACAGGGCAGAUAAUCAACCAAUAGAGAAAAGCUUGUCACAGACCACUAUAGUCAUUAGCGACUCUCAAAAUAGUGAGUGGGAUCCAGAUUGUGAGAAUAAAAAUUUAAGUGAAAGCCAAGAAACAAUGCCACCAAGUCCCUUUUCAAUAUCUUCAAGUUCCGAGUCUUUGCUGUCACCAAAGAUAUUAGAGAGUAUGUCAUUGCUUCAUAACAACUGUGAUAUUAAUAAUCUUCCUGUUAACUACCACGAUAAUGUUACAAGUCCUCACAACUCAUCUAGUCAGGAUGAAGUCGUAAUUAUUGAGAAAAAAAUCCCACGUUUUGUAAUAGACUAAUAAGGAAGAACUUUUGUUCUACAGUUAGGAAGUUAUUAUGAGAAUAUAGUUUUGGAAUUACUGUAACAAUUUUUUAUAAAAAUCCCCUUUAUACUUAAAAACUGCAUAAAGUAAUUUUCACAAAGACUUUCAAAUAUACAUAUAUAUAUAUAUAUAUGUUAUUUAGAGAUAGAAGUCCACAUGCAAUUCAUCAAAUCCUAAUAUACAUCACACCAUAUAACACUAAUCAUUUCUAAAUUUCUCUGCUACACGUGUUUCAUGAGGUGCAUUUAACAUUCCUUAUAUGCGCAGUCUUUUAUUAUAUUUUAUCAUUUGUAAAUUUUUUUCUCCGUAGAUUUCAUUUAUAUAUCUUUUUGCUUUUUGUCAUUCAUUCGCAUUUGUUUACGUCCACUUUUAACUAUAGUUUUUAUUCGAAUAUAUAUUUUUCUUUGUCAUUGUUUUCAUUAUUAUAUCAUCACUAUUAUAUAUUGUAAUUUUCAUUCCUACAUAUUAUUAAUUUAUCUGCAUGUUUAUAGGCAUAAGUCACGUUUGAAUUUAGUUUUGUAAAUUUUUAAUUUUUAAUCAACUAAAUUAUGGCUUGCACAGCAAGGUUCGGCGAAUUUAUUUGCACAUAUGCAUAUUUGUCUGUUAAUUACAUUCGUAACUAUUAAAAUAUAGAAAUUGGUAUUGAAUUUUAAUAAAGUUAUUAAGAGGCCUGACGAUUGGGGUUGCGUUUAAGAAAUGUUCAUGUAAAAGACUGCGUGUAUAAGGAACGUUAAACGCACCUCAUGAAACACGUGUAGCAGAGAAAUUUAGAAAUGAUUAGUAAGUAUUAAAAUAAAAUUCUAUUAUAUGGUGUGAUGUAUAUUAGGAUUUGAUGAAUUGCAUGG